AUGGAGCCUUACAUCGUCUCAUGCUCUUUGUCAUUUCUCCUCUUGUGCCUUUGGCAGAAAGGUGGUGCUGAGUUCCAUCGGGACCUUAUUCUUAUGUUCGUCGCCACUGCGGCUGCCAUUGUCAACGAGAAGACAAACGGCUCUGAGACUCUCCUAGGUUGUGCUGCCACUACUGGUCUUGCUGUUAUGAUCCUCAUCUUUGCCAUAGGCCACAUCUCCGGUGCUCACUUCAAUCCUGCUGUCACCCUUUCCUUUGCUACAUUGAAACACUUCCCUGGAAACAUGUGUGUGCCUAUGUAUAUUGGUGCACAAAUUUUGGCAUCGAUUUGUGCCGCAUUUGCUCUGAAAUGGGUUUAUCACCCUUUCAUGAGUGGUGGAGUCACAGUUCCUUCAGGAGGAUACGUCUCAUCUUUUGCUUUGGAAUUCAUUAUUGCCUUUAAUUUAAUGUUCGUUGUCACUGCAGUAACCACCAACACCAGAGCUGUGGGAGAACUUGCAGGAAUCGCGGUGGGAGGCACCGUGAUGCUCAAUAUAAUGAUAGCAGGACCAGUAUCAGGAGCCUCAAUGAAUCCAGUAAGAACAUUAGGUCCUGCAAUAGCCGCAAAGAACUACAAAGCAAUAUGGAUUUAUUUGGUAGCUUCCGUGUUUGGAGCUUUAGCCGGUGCAUGUACCUACACUGUAGUGAAGCUGUCCAAAGAAGAUGAUGCCAAAGAAAAAACUUCAAUCAGUUUCAGAGAGUGA